AUGGCGUCCUCUCUUGCCGCCCAGCUGUCGCGGAUUGCGACGAAGUCGUCUCACGAGCUUGACCUGAAGGCGCAGAGGAUAUCACACUCACAAUCCCUGAUUUUCGACCGGAAGGUCGCCGGAUCUCAAGAUUUCGAUACAAUCUAUGAUAUUUGUUAUGACGGCUUCCAAGAAUUGUGCUCGCUGGACCCACGAUUCACGGAGUUUGAGCGCACAGUAUUCAGUGAGCAGAGCAAGGCGGAGGAUCGCAGUCAGAUGAACGUCUCUCAGAACCAGGAGCUGGACACUGUGCUUGAAGCUUUUCUCGCUUUGGUUGGCGGAAGACUGCAGUUAAGCCCCGCAGUAAAGGCCGUGGAUUGGCUAGUGCGUCGGUUCAGGAUUCAUGAGCACAAUACGCACGCCGUAUUGUUGACGUUUUUGCCAUACCAUACGACACCUCUUUUCUUGAACCUUCUAUCGAUUCUUCCGGACGACCUUACGCCGACAUUCAAAGUUCUCAACCCAUACAAGAAUAGUCUCAUCAACCCGCCGAGGCACCCGCUGGUUCAUAGCGCGGCUACAAAUAAGGCUUUCUUUUCCGCAUUAAACAAUUACGUUUUGAAAGUGUGUCAGCAGCAGGCACAGAGCCAUGCAUUGCUCGCUUUCUGGGCUGGAGUCGUCACAGAAGCAGUUUCAGCAAUGUUAGAUGCCUCUCGUUCAGGCAGGAGAGAAGCUGAGCAGCAAAAGCAUGAAGACAUCCUUUUGCGAGUCCUUCCAGUACUCAGCACUGCCUUCACUAUGAAGAAAGUGUCAGAGUUGAUUGUCGGUUGCUAUAUGAUUUGUGUGGUUCUAGCACAAAAGGCCUUGCUUUCCAACCAGGUGAUUGAUGGUCUGAUGGAAAGCAUUGUUGGUUCCUGGACUGAGGACACCAAGAACUCUGGUCUCAUCUGUCUAUCUUUCCUAGCCCAACAAAAGGCAACUGUUGGUAUCUCAAAGAAGGUGUUCAAGAGUAUGCUGCGCCUCGAGAACCCCAUGAGCCAGCUUGCUGAAGUAGCCACCCAAUGCCCAACGUCCAACUUCUUGCUUGGCAUCGUCGCCGGCUGCUUGAAUGAUCUUGACAAGCAAGAUAAUGCUCACCUUUUGCUCUUGUCCUCUAUCUUCGAGCGUAACAUGCUCGGUGAGAAUGAGAUCGGCAAGGCUAUGAGCAUGGUUCUCGAAGCUGCCUCUAGCUCCGAUGAGACCCGCGGGAUGUCCAUGGAUGCGCAAACACAACUUGCUGAGUUGGUCCAAGCAUUUAACCACUCUGCAGCCCUCCGACCUAUCUUCCAGAAGACUUUGACUUCUUCCUCGUUCAACAUUCCUGCACUGGAGCACAACUUGCAAACCGUUGUAGAAGCGCCUGUUGCGGCGCCAGCUAUUGAAGAUGUGGAGAUGGCAGAAGCAGAUGAGCAACCCGAUGUGGAUGCCUUUACUCCAGCUCUAGAGUCUUUGACUCGAGAGCCCUUGUACCCGUCUUCAUUCCUUUGCAAGCAAUCUAUCAUUGAAUUUGAUAACCUUGUACGAGUCUUCGCAUUGGCUGUUGAGUCGGAAGAAAAGGUCGAGCUUUUUACCAACUUGCCGAUCUUGGGCAAGUCUCAAGCGACCGAGGCUCCUCAAUUCCUAUCUUUCUUCAUCAGAGUUGUCGCCGGUCACUACCCAAUUGGCACAAAGAUCGGUGCCUUGAACGUCGUCUCCUCCGUCAUCACGUCCGCUCCCGCGGACUUCGACCCCCAGGCACUUCUGCCAUUCCUCUUUGUUGCCCUUUCGGAUGCUUCCGAACGCAUUCGCCGCGAGACUUCCGGCGUCUUGGCUAUUAUCGGUUCUUUGUACAAGAAGAACUUGAAGGCUAGUGAUAACUCCAAACCUUGGGCUCACGACACGAUCUACGGUCAGGGUAAGCAAUCUUCGGGCGUUGCAUGGCUUUCUGCCAAGGACUCCCAAAAGGUCUUGGAGCGUGCCUUGCUCCCCGGACUGGAGGAGUCUAUCCUUGAUUCAAACCAUGUUUCCAGGGUAGUCGAGGCUACACUUCGUGGCAAUGUUCUGUCUGAAGCUUCAGGUGCAUCCGAACUAAAGAAGUCUCUGCGCAUCAGCUUCUUCACUUUCAUGUGCUCUCACGUCGUUAGAUUGCCUGUGUUCGCGCCCAAGUUUGGCUUGCUGAAGCUCAUCAACAGCGUGGAGAAGGUCUCCACUGCCACUCUUACAAAGGAACUUCUUCCCGUGCUUGAGGAAUGGCGUCGCUUCAGUGUGAAGGAGGUGGAAGAGAUUUGCAGCAAGGAACAUAUCUCCGUACCCGAGACAGAACAGCUGGUCGCUGCUAUUGUUACCGCAAGGGCACAGGAUGCCGUCGAUAUUCUCCUCCUCAACGUCAACUCUGGCCCCGACUCCUUGCGCCCAGCCUUUGUCGCAGCGUGCUUUGCCCAAAUCAAGCACCUCUGGGCUAAGAUCCCCGAAGACCGCCAGCUCUCCGCAUCUGAGAAGUUGCUCGACAACUCUCUUGGGCAAUCAUCCAACAACUCUACUCUCGCAAACAACUGCCGCGACAUUCUUCGCAGCGUGGAGCUCCCUGGUGCUGUUCUUGAGCAAUUCGUCCAGAAGAUCCCCGAGUCUCUUACUGAUGUGGAGUCUAUUGGCCCCGCACCAAAGCGACGACGCACCAGCCAGAACAACAUGAUCGCCAUGACCGUCAAGGACGAGGCGGAGCUUAGUAAAUUGAUGGACAAGAUGACUUUCAUCUUGGAAGUCGUUGACAGCUCUUCCCCUGAAACCCACCCUGAGCUGGUUGAUGGCCUCUUCCAGACUCUUGCUGCUCUCCAUCACUUCAAGUCUCAGAUCCAGAGUGGCAUGAGCUACCUUCUCAGCUUGACACUGGGUAGUCUCCUGGCCAUCGUGAACAAGUCUAAGGGAUCUGUCAAGCCGCAGUUCGACACCUCUGUUAUCAGGGCCGAUCUGGUCGUGGAUUGUGUCCGUACGACCGACAGCCCGCAGGUUCAGAACGUGGCUCUCCUUCUUGUGGGCAGCCUGUCCGUCAUUGCUCCUGAAUUGGUCCUCCACAGUGUGAUGCCCAUCUUCACAUUCAUGGGCACUAGCGUUCUCCGCAAGGAUGAUGACUACUCCGUUUCGGUCAUUGAUCAGACCAUUGACCAAGUUGUCCCUGCUCUCAUCCAAUCUCUGCGUAGCCAGAAGCGGGAUGUCGUUUCCGGAACUUCGGAGCUCCUGCUCAGCUUUACUGCUGCCUUUGAGCACAUUCCCUCGCACCGCCGUCUCAGGCUCUUCCAUGCUCUUAUCACCAAGCUUGGAACACAGGAUUUCCUGUUCGCUGUUCUGGCCAUGCUUGCCAACCGAUACUCAACCGACAAGGAUGUUCUGACUUUGAUGACCGGCCUGGUGUCGGAUGCUUCUCCUGUUGUGGAAUUGACCACUUACAGCAAGUACCUCAACCUUGUUACCGACUCCUUCAAGACCAAGCCAGGCAUUUCUCAGGUUCUUCUGGGCAUUGGCAGCGAGGAUGGACGUGACCCCCAGAAGGUCUCUGUUGAUCUUCUUCGCGACCUCGCUCACCUGCUGAAGCACUCAACUCUCAAGUCCAAGCUUGAAACAGCCUUCGAGUCAGAUGGCCAGGACGCCGAUCUGUCCCGUGCAUGCUUCUCCCGUGUUCUUGAACAGGUCCUGGGCAUCGGCGAGGCUGUGCAGAACAUGAAGCCCGUCAGCCAGGCUUGUGGCGAGGUGCUCGGCUCCUUGUUCAGCACCCUCUCUCUUGUUGACUUCUUGGAUACUAUUGAAGUUCUGCUCCAGGGUCCCAACGAUGAGCUCCGACGCAAGGUUCUUCGUCUGCUCGAGACCCGUCUCCGCCAGACCCCAGAGCGUGACAACUUGUCGCAGAUCCGUGUUCUUGACUUCAUUCCCAACCUGGUUGGUAUUGUCGAGUCGUCUCCCGAUACGCUUCUCAAGCAUGCUGCCGUUUCCUGCAUCGACCGUAUCACCGACAAGUACGGCCGCAAGGACCCCUCCAAGAUUAUCCCUGCUGCUCAAGUUGUUGCCAGUGAAUCAUGUAUUGGCCAGACUGACGACCGUAUUCGCUACAUGGGUAUCUUGUGUCUUGCCUCUAUGGCUGAGGUAUUGGGUCAGUCUUUGAUUCCUGCGCUUCCCGAUACACUGAAGCGCUCUUUGGAGCUGCUCGAGUUGAGCUUGGUCCCCGAGAAGGAGAACUCGCGACUCCACGAUGCCGUCUACACUCUCUUCUCCGCCCUCUUCGUCCACCUUCCAUUCAUGAUCUCAGCUGCUCAUUUGGACAAGGUUCUCCUGUUGUCUUUCAGGUCUGCCAACGCGGAUAUUGAGGAGGGCAGUGAUGACAGCCGUCAAGAGACUCUGCGGUUGAUGGCUCGCAAGGUCGAUGUCAGUGCUACUCUUGGCGCUGUCGAUCGUAACUGGCAGAACGCCGUUGAGGCCGGUCCCGCCGCCGUCAAUGAGAUCCUGCAAGUUGUUACAUUGGCUGUUGAGAAGCACCCCAAGUCGACCAUUGCCAAGAACAUCGCUGUUCUCACAAAGAUCAUCUUCAAGGCCUUUGACCUGCGCCGUGAGCAAUUCGCUCUUGGUGACGCUGCGAUCUUCGAAGCCUCCGAUAUUGACGAGGCUGAGACCGCGGUUAACGAUAUUACCAUUAAGAUGAUUUACAAGCUGAAUGACAGCACCUUCCGCCCCAUCUUCCUCAAGUUCGUUGAGUGGGCCACUACCGGCGCUCCCAAGAAGGAUGAGCAAGCUCAGGUGUCGCGCCUUACGACUUUCUACAAGUUCCUCGAGGUCUUCUUCGGUACUCUCCAGUCAAUUGUCACUGGAUACUCCAGCUAUAUUAUGGAGAACGUGGUUCAAGUUCUCAACACCGUCGGUCCAUCCAAGACCCACAAGUCUCUUUGGUUGGCAGCUCUUCGCAUGCUCCGCAACGCUUUUGAGCAUGAUCAGGAUGAAUUCUGGCAAAGCCCCUCUCACCUCGCCAGCAUUUCUGGCCCUCUGAUCGCCCAACUCGGCCACGCAACCAGCACAACCACCUCCAACAUGGUCAUCGCCGAUGUCGUUCCUACAAUCACAGAGCUUGCCAUCGCCGCCGACUCUACUGAUAACCACAAGGAGCUCAACUCCGCCCUGAUGAAGUACCUCCGUCCCUCAUCUGCUCCCAAUGCCCGCUCCGCUGGUGGUGACAACCCACACACCCGCCUCGCAGCCCUUAAGACUGAACAGGCUCUUACCGAGCAAUUGGGCGAGGAGUGGCUUGCACUUCUUCCCGAGAUGCUGCCUUACAUCAGUGAGUUGAUGGAGGAUGAAGAUGAGAACGUCGAGAGAGAAGUUCGGAAAUGGGUUAAGCAGAUUGAGAAGGUGCUUGCCGGCCAGCGUGCACUUGCUACCGCCGAGAUUCUCUGCAUCAUCUUCUCGUUCUUGUCGGGUCACCACCGUUUUGCAUGGCACGCACUAAAAUCAAAAUGGGAGGGACCGAAACACAAACGAAAGAGAUUGACCUUGCUUGACUGCGCGGUAGUCAACCGCAGCUGGUACCCUGAGGCGAUGCGUCUUAUCUGGAUUGAACCCACUGCAUACACGAGCCAUGGGCUGGCUCCAAUUUUUGAUUACGUCCCUGUACAUCGUCGCCAGGUGUAUGCGGAUAUGAUACUCACGACAACCAUACAAACUGUUACAAGCGUCAACAAGGUCAAGUCUUUUGAUGGAGUCAAUUUACACAACCUCCAGUCUCUGACACUGUUGGUUCAUACGCCCGCGCAUAGUGCCAUUUUGAUCCCUCAACUCAUAUGUCCUGCUGUCAAGCACUUGUCUAUUGGGUCCGUUGAAGGUUACUACAAUCAAGACUAUGACAAGGUGGUGGCGAUGUGGAAAGGGCUUUUCAAGAUGAUUGGAGAGCUUUUUCCCAACCUGCAACACCUUCAGCUUCGAGACAAGGUGAUCAAAGACCUCAGAAUCCUUGUCAAACUCAAGCAAGACCUGGGAUUGAAGUCCUUAAAGCAGAGGGGAUGGGAGGCACCGACUGUUGAUGUUUGA